GGUUGCCGCCGGCACCGUGCGAAAGGACUGUAAACGUUCCAAUUCCAACCAAAACGCUCUUCGGCGCGCGGAGCGAGAGGUAGGAUUCAUUAUAAAAUAAGAUCUCCGCUGAAGUCAUACAUUAAAGAUGGAAGCGAUGGACACGAGUGCGAAAAGAAUGCACAACAGUUACGAGGAUGAAGAGGAGCGAAAGCACUUCCAGAGAAUCGUCUCCGCGUUUAGAUAUUACAAGACACACUCCUUACUAAGAGUGAGAAAAACAGAAUCUUAUUUUCUUAGUUUACCAAAACAUCAUCAGAAGCUUCUAUCAAAGUAUAAGGAAAAUUUGCAAGAGGUCAAACGGUGUAUCGACAACAAUGACCAGAUCAUAAAACUCAUAAUAAAAGAUGUAGCCCAUAUAUUUGAAAAUGUGUGUCCAACUACUGCUGAAGUUGACAAUAUGAAUUUCAUACAGACUCUAAAUCUAAGACCUGUAAUGUCGGAUCAAGAGAAGGUGCAAGCUACCAUUAAACAAUUGGUACGGGACUGGAGCGUUGAAGGUGCUGAGGAACGAAAAGCGUGUUAUCAGCUAAUUGUAGAUGAAAUAUUAUAUCAAUUUUCAUCAGAGAAUUGUAAACCGUCGGACGUGCAUAUUUUAGUACCUGGUGCAGGAUUAGGUCGUCUUGCCUUCGAAAUUGCGAAACGCGGAUAUACCUGCCAAGGAAAUGAAUUUUCUCUAUUCAUGCUGUUUGCGUCGAACUUUGUAUUAAAUAAAUGUAGAGAUAUAAACUUGUAUCAAGUACAUCCGUGGGUGCAUCAAUAUAUGAAUAACUUGAAACCCGAACACCAGACGCAAGCGGUUUCUUUUCCUGAUGUAAGCCCGAGCGAUCUUCCAGGGAAUGCGCAAUUUUCUAUGACGGCGGGUGAUUUUUUAGAGGUUUAUACAGAGAGCAACCAUUGGGAUUGCAUCGCGACAUGUUUUUUCAUAGACUGUGCCAAUAACGUUGUACAAUUUAUCGAGACAAUUUAUAAGAUUCUGAAGCCAGGUGGCGUCUGGAUAAAUCUCGGACCGUUACUCUAUCAUUUCAGCGAUUUACCGAACGAAGACUCGAUCGAGCCAAGUUACGAUGCUAUCCGUGAUGUUAUUCUAGGCUUUGGCUUUCAAUUGGAGAAGGAAGAGACAAAAGUGAAAACACGUUAUGCCCAGAAUAUUAACAGUAUGUUACAGUGCGAAUAUAAUAGCGUGUACUUUGUUUGUCGAAAACCUAAUGGACAUGUGGAUGGUAUAAAUCACAAUCAGAAUGGAGAUGAAACUAAUAGUGUGCAAGAACAAGAAAAUUGAUUACAGCAUGGCGCGUUUUCUUCCUAAAGAAGUGUAGAACGCUGAGAUGUUAUUGUUUAAGUGCAUCCGUGUUUCAUGUGUGAGAGAACUAGUUCUAUGACUGCAUCAUAGAAUAUCUUUAAGAUGCAUCUUAUAUCUUUUCUUUUUUUUUUUUUACAUCUUUAUCUGUCACAAUCUGUUUGAAUGUAAAGAUUCGUUUCAUACAAGAGUGUUUUCAAUGGUGCUACGAGAUUGUCUUUAUAACUUCAGUAAUGCCUUGAAAAUAAUAGACAAACUAUUUUUUUAAAUUGAUCAGUGUAUUAGAACUGCAGACAAUAUCUAAUCUAGUUAUAUUUCUUGUCUAUUGCAUCAUGAGUCAUUUGGUUGAAACGUGUUUGACAAAGGUUUAUAAAUAUUUACAAACCAAUAAUUUUCGUUAUUGUAUAAUGCAACGUUAUUGCAUAAUAAUGGUCGUCACGUUCAGCAGACUCAACUGUUGCGGAGCAGAUC